AUGGACAGACUGAAUUGGAACAUCCUCGGCAUAUCUGAAAUGAGAUGGAAGGGCAUUGGUGAAGGAACAACAGAAGAAGGACACAAGAUUUGGUACAUAGGUGAUGAGAAGAAGCAUGAAAGAGGUGUGGGAUUCCUAGUGAACAAGAACACCAAAAACGCAGUGCUAGAAUUCACACUGAUCAGCGACCGAAUAGCAGCAAUCAAGGUGGUGGGGAAACCAAUCAACAUGACAAUUGUGCAAGUGUAUGCACCAACCAAUGAUUGCCGCAAUGAACUUGUAGAAGAAUUCUACGAUGACCUGGAGAAACUGCUAAAAACCAUUCCCAGAAAAGAUGUGUUUAUAGUGCAAGGUGACUGGAAUGCGAAGAUUGGAGCUGAUGCAUUCGCAAAUUGGAAGGGAACUAUUGGAAGAUUUGGACUUGGAGAAACAAAUGAUAGAGGACUGCAGCUGCUGGAAUUUGCCUCGUCUGACAUCGUCUGA